UUUUAGGGGUUCUUGUGUGGGAGGGGGUGUGUUGGAGGUUUUGGGGUGGGAUUUGUGAUGUAGAUAUAGAUGUAAGGGAGAUAAAGUCACAGUUAUCUGAUUCUGAGCUGGAAGAUGAGAGAGUUGAGCAUAGAGAUCCAAGACUUAUUCAAGAGAAGUUUCAUUUAUCUGAGUUUAUGACGAGGUUAGGGGAUCUUGAAGAAGACCAACCAAAUUUUAAAUAAGCUGAAGGAUACAGUAGAGAUGCAUAAUGAAACGAUCCUCCGUAUGGUCCACGAAAAUGAUGCUUUAAAGACAUUUGUUCGAACUCACUUCACAAAAGCUGAAGAUUUAUUGUACAAAUAAUACAUCUCAGUUAGAAAAUAAAUUUGAAUUUAUUUUCAAAUCUGAAUUGAAAGAUUUCUCAACAAAGGAUUAUGUCCAAGAUAGGCUAUGAGAUAAAGCCAACGCUUCCGAUAUGGUCCGACUUAACCGUGAAGUUAGGAUGCUCGAGAGUUAUGUCUCCAAACUAGAGAAGGUAGUAUUUCAAGGCUAUAAGAAAGAAGCAGAAGUAUUCCUGAAUGGCAAAGUUGAUAAAGAGGUAUUUGAACAAUUCAAAACUAUUAAAAAUACUGAAUCAGAAGGUUUUUCUAAAUUUUCAAAGAAUAUGAAUAAUACUGUGGAUAAAAUGAGCCGAUUUGUUCAAAAUUUGGAUGGGGACCUGAAGACACUCAAUGAAAAAUUCAAACAAAGUGAAGCUCUCCAGAUUAGUAGGAAUGGAUCAUUAGAUCUUUCCUCUGAAGAUACUGUUGAUUUUGCUCAAAUAGAUUACGAUUCUAUCACUCAAGUUCCAGUAAAUCAAAUUGCUAAAAAGAUCUUGAAACCAAUGUAUCAAGCUAUCAAAGGUUUGAAGAGAGAUUUUACUGAAAACAUGUCCGAUCUUAUGAACGAAAAGGAGCAACGAAGCAGCCGUCAAUUAAACUCACUAGCUCAGCAGCACCAAAACUCUCAACGCCAGAUCAGCACCUGUAUGAACAAACUCGAAGAUUUGCUUGCUGAAAAAGAAGAAACAGCUAGGAAUAGUCAGAAAUUUGCAAAGGGCUUAGAAAGCCUUUCUGACAACCUUAAAGCACAAGAGAGAAAGUCUAAAGAAUCUCUUGAGAAGAUAAACAAAUAAACUGAUGGAGCACGAUAUUUCUCUUCAAGAGUUACACCAGAAGGUAGAUUUUGUUAAAAUCAGCAAAGAGAAAUUGUUUGAGGAAGUAUGCAAUAAUCUUGAUGAUCUAAUCCGUUCAAAAUUCUCGCUCUCAACUAAACUACAAAACUCUGAUCUGAAACUAUCCCAGAUGGUUUUAGAGUUAGAAAAGAAGCAGAUUACUCUUGAGAAUGAAGUUGAACAGAGCAGACAGGAUUAUGAAAUUACUAUUUCUAAUCUUCAGAAUGAGACAGAAUCAUACAGCCAAGAACUUCAGAGAAUGCAGGCUUACAAUAGAGAAUUAGUAGAUAAACUAGCUGUAUUUGAUUCUGGAAUGUUUACAAGUUAUCAAAGCUCACAAUGAAAUAAAGACCCAGCCAAGAGUACUUUCUUGACUGAAGAUGCAACCCCAAUAAAUGAUCUUCACAAGAGCUACUCAAGACCUACUAAGUUCUCAAGAGGACAUGAGAGAUCAAUAAAUCAUGUUUGUCAGCACAAAAGAAGGAUGAAUUCUGAUUUUACUACCUCUAAAAGACCUUUAACCACAAAUAAUUUCAGAAAACCUCAAUCACGCAUGAGAUUUAAGGGCGGUUUGGGUAGCUCCCACCGUUCAUCAUCUACAAAGCGAGGCAAUAAGACAACAGAGAACAAUCAGAGCUUCGAUCUUCGUGUGAACAAAUUUUUCACUAAAUCCAAAGGGUUUUUCCAAAAAUUUGAGACAAUCCUCACAAGUGACCAUGUAAAACUAGAGAGUGGCCCAAAGACCACGUCUGGACGCCGUAAUGCUAAAAAGACAGUUUCCACGGCUAAAUCUAGAGGUCAAAAGACUAAUUUUAUCGAGAAUAGUGAUAUAAGCAAAAAGAAUCUGAAUUUGACGAUUGAAGAGCAAGAGAAUAAUAUGCUUCAAAACUCAAGGCUUCACAGUAGAAAAGAAUGGAAAGAAAAGGUAUAAUAAUAUAAUAAAUUUCAAUUUA